GGAGGGAGGGAGUGUAGAGAUAACAGAUCAGAGGGAGGAAGGGAGAGGAGGGACUGUGAUUUCAGCAGCAGGCAGGCAAGCUGUAGCUCACCUCCACCAGUGAUACGGACACAACACCCCGGCCUUGACUCUGGAAUAUUUCUCACACUAUCGGCUAGUUGUAUGAAUGAACGUCUCUGUUAUCUGGGACCAUGGUCGGACUCUCAGCCACUGCUGUAGAGGUAUGUGUAGGAGUGCAGCAGACUCUGCAAAUCCUAUUAAGGAGGAAAGAUUCAGCUGAGAAUUGCUUGAGACAAAAAGAAAAAGUCUACGCUUGCAUCUCUAUUCAUGGGCUUCACUUUGCAGAGUCUUACACUAUCAACAAGCAAUGGAGCAGUUAGUGAGUGAGCUGAGCGCACUCCUGAAGUUGCUGGAUCAGGAGACUCUGAGCUCAUCAACGCAGGAGAAGAAGACUUCAGUGUGGAACCUCCUGCAGCAGAUACAACCAUCAGUUUCGGGAACAGACUAUAUCUAUGUGAACUCAGCAGUGUACAGGAAUGGCACCAGCUUUGUGGAGUCACUCUUUGACAAGUUUGACUGUGAACUUGGAGACCUAAAGGAUGUUACGGACGAUUUGAAGCUAGAAAAAGACGCACAAAGCGAGACUUUGAAACAGGACUGUGGAGACUCCUCAGCUGUGCAUUCAGCCGGCUCUCCUCCCCCUCUGCCCACAACACCUCCUCCUGAGGAUUAUUAUGAGGAGGCAGUGCCACUCAGUCCAGGCAAGAUGCCUGAAUACAUCAUAGCUAGAGUUAGACCUAGCCCUCCCACUUCUGUAGAGGAUGGAUAUGAAGAUGCAGACAACAACUACCCAACUACUCGCAUCAUCUCCCAUCGUAAAAACUCCUAUAAUGAUUCUGAUGCUUUGAGUAGCUCUUAUGAGUCAUAUGAGGAAGACGAGGAAGAGAGGAGUCCCGGUGUGCAGCUGACACAUCAGUGGCCCUCAGAUGAGAGCUCCAUGCCCCCAACCAGGGACUGUCGGAUCUGUGCCUUCCUGCUACGCAAGAAACGCUUCGGCCAGUGGGCCAAACAGCUCACGGUUAUACGAGAGAAUCGAUUACAAUGUUAUAAGAGUUCCAAGGAUACGUGUCCCUACGUGGACAUGCUGCUGCCCCAAUGCACUGUGGUCUACGCCCCCAAGGACAGUAAACGGAAGAACCAUGAACUCCGGUUCACCUUACCCAAUGGAGAUGCUCUGGUUCUGGCCGUGCAGAGCAAAGAGCAAGCGGAACGAUGGCUCGGGGUUAUCAGAGAGGUGAAGGGCCAAUGCACUGGGUCGGAGGUAUCCGCGUCCCACGUCAUUCUGAGGAAAACCGAACUUGACAAGAGGUUAUCUGCAGAAAGGAACAAUUCAGAUUCAGAUGUUGGAGUAUCAACGGGGGAGAACUUCCGAGAAAAUACAGGUAAGGUGAAGCGUGGUGCCUUAGCUGCAGGUCGAAAGAUCACACGCAUCAUCAGCUUCUCAAAGAAGAAGACUUCUCGAACAGCCUACACCGACCCUCGACAAGGUUAUCUGUCAGUGCUCAUCAACCAAGAGUGGCAGGAGCACUGGUGCUGUGUGUGCAGAGGCUUCCUGCAUUUCUACCAUGACAGAGGCGACCAUCAGACCUCCUUGCCUUCCCUCCCACUGCAUGGCUGUGAAGUGGUGCCAGGCCUGGGACCCAUGCAUCCCAUUGCCUUCCGGAUCUUACGAGCAAGCACCACUGUGGCUGCUCUGGAGGCAGCCAACUCUGAGGACCUUGGCAGAUGGCUCGGGGUUCUCUUGGCAGAAACCGGCUCCACAACAGAUCCCGAGUCUCUGCAUUACGACUGCGUGGACGUGGAGACCAUUGCUAAUAUUCGCAAUGCUGCUCGCCAUUCCUUCCUAUGGGUCACAUCCUCCGGAAGUAAUACAGACUUCAGAACAUAUGACGAGGUCCCAAAUGAGGAUGUUCAGCAGUCUAUCGAGAGCUGCCGGCAGCAGUGGAGGAAUCAAGGCAAGUGGCAAUCCAGUUUGUCCAGCAGGGAUUCUGAAAAAAACAAAUUGUUCAACUCCCUCGAACGAACAGGUUCAAAUUCUAACAACCAGUAUGGAAGGUAUGGGAAAACACGAGCGGAGGAGGAUGCUAAGCGGUACCUGAAAGCGAAAGAAGAGCUGGAAAAAGAGAAGGAGGGAAUUCGGCAUAACCUCUCAAACCUCCGACAGGAGAAACGAGAGCUAAAGGAACAGCUGCAAACAACUUCUGAGAAGAGAUGUGUCCUCUUGAAGCAGCGCGUGUCCCAGCUGGAAGAAGCUUGUCGGGCUAAAGAAGGAGCGCAAGUGGACCUGGAACUGCGACUGUCCCAAGUCAAAGAAAACCUCAAGAAAAGCCUGGCAGGUGGAGUUCUUGGUGCCCCUGUGGAAAUUGUCCCUCCCGUCAAGGGGUCCAGAAAGAAGACACAUAAUAUCUACAGUGACACCUUACCAGUAAACUGUGCUGCGGAGAUGCGCAAGAGACCGCCCUCUGUGUAUGCUUCAUCGUCAGGAACUGUCAUGCAGAAGGCAAAGGAAUGGGAAUCAAAGAAAGGAAAUUAAAGGCAGAACCUUUAGAAGUACUUGCAGUAAAUGGAACUGAUUACAGGAUGUAACCGUUGCAACCUGCCAACCUGCUGAGGAGAACUUCUCACCAGCAUUCAGAAGCACAGAUGCCCAACGAGUCGUUGCAAUGAAAGAAAUAGCCACUAGAUGGAGGUACGUCCUCUAUAAUGCUCUUGACCAACUUCGGCGCCUGAAAGGACUUGACGAUUCAGAAAUCCAAAGACUGUCUUUCAAAUUUUCAGCUUUAAAAAUGUAGAACUUAAUGUGGAAAGCACUAAUGAGAUAAUUAGAGUUUUGGAAUGUCGUAAAGCGUAGUCCAAUGUAAAUAGAAGUUUAUAUUGGCUCAGGUGGUUGUGGUUUAAUAUGAGGAAAGGCUUGUGAAUGUGAUGUGGACUGAUAAAAUGAUUGGAAGUAGAUCAAGUCACAAUGUGCCUUUUCAUCAAUGUUAUGUUUUUUUUUUUUUUUUACGGUGACUGUUUCGUGUGUUUCGAUCUUUGUGUAUAGUUCUUUUGUUUGUGUUUUCGUAAGGCUUCGGACAGAGGCGUAGCCAAGCCGGGGCGAGCCGGGGCGGCUCCCUGCGCCCCGGUUGAAAAAAAUCUAGCUUUUUCGAUUCUUCAUUUUCAUGACGUUUUUUUCUUUCGGUCUUGCGCGAAUGUGCUUGCGCUAUUCUACGUGCGCGAUGUUAUCCAUUCACCGUUUGCCUCCCGGACCCGGAUGUUGUUUUAGCGAUCAGCGAACGGCGUGGGUGAUGUUAGAUUUUUUUUUCAUGUGGGCGUGCGCCCCUACUGGAAAAAUUCCUGGCUACGCCUCUGGCUUCGGAUAGCGGAAUCAUGCCAUCUUUAAAAGGACACACUUCACUAGAUGUGCUCUUAGUUUAGCUUCUAAAUACAUCCUACAUAAUUUUAGAUUCAGCUUAGGCCAUAGAUGAGCCAUGCAUCAAGAGUUUGGAUGCAGAAAUGUAACUCACUCCUGUCAAAGUAGGGAAGUCUUACCUUUUUCAUUUACCUACAAAACCUGUGUUGAAUUUUGCACUUUAAGAUUGACCUGGGUGCGGACAGAACCUCAAAGUCAUUAAAUUGAUUCAUGCCAUUUAUAGCCAUGACGUUUAUUUUAAAAAGAUUACGAUGCUGAUCUCAUUCAAAAAGAUACCCAAUCAUUGAAUGCGUUUUUCUUUCUUCAAGCAGUGUUGUCUUUCUACCUUUUUUUUUUAUUUUCAGAUCCCUGCCUGCAUAUGCAACGUCAUUAAAAAAAGUUUUAAUGA